CUCCAUAUUCGCAUCGUCAAUAAUUGAACCCAUCAAGCCAUAACGCUUGCCGAUAAUUCCAGGCGACUAGGACUAAAUCGCCUACUCUAGUCGCUAACUUCCCUUUGCUUUCAUAGCUAGGUAUUAUUUUGGACAAUGUCAGACUACGGAGAUCAUGACGGCGACGAUGCUGGCUUCGAUUAUGAGGCCGGUGAGGCCGAGUUCGAUGACCACGAGCCAGAAGACUUCCUCGAACCUGAGGAUGCUGAAGCUGAAGGAUACGAGGGCGUCGCAGGGGCUGAAGACGCCUAUGGCCAUGCCGUCAAUGGAGAACGCACCAUAAUAUCGGGCGACCCCAAUGCAGGUGGCGGUCAGGGUGUCGUCGAACAGCAUCGGGAGAAAAAAGUCCCCAACGAUCAACGCACCACCACGCCGUACAUGACCAAGUAUGAACGAGCUCGUGUUCUAGGCACUAGGGCUCUUCAAAUCAGUAUGAAUGCUCCCGUGUUGGUUGACCUUGAAGGCGAAACCGAUCCGCUGCAGAUUGCCAUCAAGGAGCUUAACCAGAAGAAGGUCCCUUUGAUCAUUAGGAGAUACCUUCCCGACGGAUACUACGAGGACUGGACUUGCGAGGAGCUUCUCUAAUUGAAGCGCCAUUGACUUUGUGUGCUUUGAUGUGUAAUUUUUUCCUUCUUUCGCAUAGCGGCUGGUGUUUGGCGGGAUUCUAAGAUAAAAUAACAUUUCAAUAGGCUAUGCUUUAUCUAGCACACUAUUUUCAGGCUAGACUGGCUAUGCAAAGUGAUUGCCAUCCUUUUUUUUGAUGUUGUGACAUGUUUCUUUUCAUUGCGUCUACCAACGUUGACAUUCUGACCGUACAUCACACUAGAAAACAGAGGUUCCUGGUCAUUACAGAUACAAACACGUGACUCGGGCUUGUAUAUAAUAUAUAAUAAUAACUAUGUAUUAUCGGCACUUCGCUCAGCCGAGGUGGAUAAAUCGGCACGCGGAGUGGGCCACCAUGCUCUGCUGUUCCGUCUAGUCCAAUCAGCGGCUGCGCUAUCCCC